CCGGCCGGGACAGUAAUGAUGAUGAUAAUGAUAAUGGCAGUGCUGCAGCCAGCCGUGUCCCUGGCGAGGGAGGGGAGCAGCAGACGUGGCUGUGGCGGCGGCUGCUGCUCUGGAGCUGAGCACAGAGGAUUUGUAGCAGCAGCAGCAGCAGCACUAGCUGUGGGAAGGGGAAGCAGCGGAGGGAGGAGGAGGUGAUGGGAGAAGAGGGAGGAGGAGGAGGGAGAGGGGACUACACAGGGAGCAGUGCCCGCGUGUGUGCCUCUGAUUCCCGGUGUAAUUUGCAGCCAAUCAUCAGUAGGUGUCCGCAUCCCCGCAUCCUCCUCACCUCGGCGCCAAUAACUCUCCACCUCUCUCCCCUGCCUCCCUCCCUCCUUCCCUCACACUGGUUCCCCAUCCCCCUCUCGCUGCCUCCCCCCUCUCACAGCCCCCCCAUGCCUCUCAGCCACACGCAGAGAAAGAGAGAGAGACUGACUGACUCCCAGGCUGCUGCCUCCCUCCCUCCCUCACACACAUCGGCUGGAAACUGACUGGAGAGCAGCAGCAGCAGCGCACAGGGAGAGCCAGCUACAGACACACACAUACAGAGAGGGGAGAGCAGGGACCACCGAGAGACCAGCAGCAGCACAAUACACUCCCUCCUCCUCCCCCCAGCUCUCAUUCUCCCUCUACCUCCUGCUCAGCCAACAUAUAAACAUACCUGCCUGCCCCCAAAUACAAAUAUUAUUGCUUAUCCAUCCUUAUAUUCAUUUCUUUUCUUUUUCUUUUUUUCUUUUCUAAAUUCAUAUAUUUUAAAUAGAAAUAUUAAAGUGGGUAUUCUGGAGGUGGCAGUGCACCUGGACUUGGUGCUGUAUUCUCCCUGUGCAAGGUGAUAUGUGUGGGUAAUUAGAUGCACACACCAGCGUGCAGGAUCCCUGAGAUAGUCUCCAUACAGUGUUGGCAUUUGUGAUAAUGCACAAGAAGAUGCUCCGUGACAAACUGCUGUCUGCUGAAAAAUCACCUAAAAAGAAAUAAAAGGCACAUCUCCCAAAACCACAAAACAAACAAAAUAUAAAUAAAACCAGUUGCUUAUAGAGGGUCUCAUCCAGAAAUAAAGGUGACUGAAUUAAGCAGUUUCGGUGGUUUCCCCCCUCUCUCCCCUCCUACCCCCUUCCACCUACCCUCCUCAGAGAUGUCCAAUAUGAACACUAAUGUCUGUGUGGAGAAUGGACAGAACCCUGAGGCUUCUGUGCUCCAGAAGGAUAACCUGGUGGAGGGGGCACUAAACAGCCUCAUGGAUUACAACUCAGAAAUGGAGAGGUAUAGAUCCUUUGCAACCUUUUACAAAACCAAUGGUGGAUUUCCCCAGGCUGCUAAGAUUGCCAGGAUCACCACUCCUAUUUUCCCCAGUGCCCGGAUUGGCAUGUCUCCUUGGAACUGUGAUAAUGCAAUGCUUUGGGGAAGGAAAUCAGCCGCUAUCAACCCUAAUAGGACCAGCAUGCACAGAAACGACUCCCAAAGGCUGGGAAAGCCUGGCGGAGCGCCAGAGUCGUUGCAAAUGGCAAAUAAUAAUUUCCUUUCCACCUUAUCCCCUGAACACUGCAGACCUUUGGCAGGGGAAUGCAUGAACAAGCUCAAAUGCGGCGCCGCUGAAGCAGAGAUAAUGAAUCUCCCUGAACGCGUUGGAACUUUUUCCGCUAUUCCGGCUCUAGGGGGCAUCUCAUUACCUCCAGGGGUCAUCGUCAUGACAGCCCUUCACUCCCCCGCAGCAGCCUCGGCAGCCGUCACAGACAGUGCGUUUCAAAUUGCCAAUCUGGCAGACUGCCCGCAGAAUAAUUCUUCGGGAGCAGGCGGGAACCCUGCCAAGAAGAAGAGGAAAAGGUGUGGGGUCUGUGUGCCCUGCAAGAGGCUCAUCAACUGUGGAGUCUGCAGCAGUUGCAGGAACCGGAAAACAGGACACCAGAUCUGCAAAUUUAGGAAAUGUGAAGAGCUUAAGAAAAAACCUGGCACUUCACUAGAGUACUACAGGGGUGAGCCAAGCAAUUUUGGGACGUCCUACCUGCUGCCAUACAGUUCAUAGCCAUGGCUGGCGACAUUGAGAGAACACCGGUCCCCAGUGCUGAAGCCUUCCGAUGGUUCUUUUAGGCAGAUGUAUAUCUUAUUUUCAAGGCACUCUGAAGUGAUUGACAAGUACUGGUCUUGUUUUGGGAACUGCAAAGUCUGUGACUGAAGAAUAUGCUGAGACACUAUUUUCAUUUGUGUACAGGGGUUUCCUCAAAAGAAAAAAUAUGAAUAAUGUUAAAAAAUGUUUAAAAAAAAAAAUCAAAGAAAAAAAAAACUCACUGGAGCCUGGCUGGUUUACUUACGUUUAGUACACCGGGUUCUUUCUUUAAUGUAUUUUAGCUAUAAUUAACAGUGAAAUUGUUGUCUACUUUAAAGUGACUGCAAAGGAAAGAUUUGGGUAAACCCCUGCUGUAAUAUGAUGUAUCUUUAAAAAAAAAAAUAAUUAACAUAUCUAUACUUAAUUUCCAAAUAUGUGUUUCAGUACUGUAAACUGUACAGAUAGCAGCUUGUAUUUUGUGCGUUUAGACACAUGGAGACAAUCAUGUCUGAGCAUCUGUAUGAAGAUUAACAGUUUGUAAGCAGCAGUGUGGUUCUGCAACUUAAAUCUGGAGCAAUAAAUUAUAGCUUUAAAAAUUAUUUUGCCAGCUGGAUAGUUACAGCAGCAACAGCACUGUCUUUUUUUUUUUUUUUUAUUACUAUUCCUUUUUUAUUUUUUUUAUCUUGCCAUGCAUACAUUCCCAGCAAAUUGAUCUGUUAUUCCACAAGGUCAAAACAUUAUAAUUCAUACAUUAAUUAUUGUGAACUGAACUAACUGUAGGGAGAGUGCCAUCCGCCAGUAAUGGCACUAUCCCCCUGUAUCAGAGGGCCUCCUCUCUUAUGUACCCAAGGCACAAACCAAGCAAAACAUUCUAUGUGGGUGAGCAUUUGUUUAAUUAAAAUGUAUAUUACUCAGAAGCACUUACCACAGAUGACCCACUUUUCACUGCAUUGUAUACCAGUGUAAAAGCAGAAUAUGGUAUUGUAGUUUGUCCGAUAGGACCAGUCUUUUGAAUUAUUUGUUCAGGGAAACAGAAGUGUCCUGUGACCAUGUAACUGAGUACAUGCCUUCUGGUUAAGUUUUUUCUAUAGUAACUGUAAACGCUGUAAAAUAUAAAUGCAUUCUCACUGUAAUGACAAGUAAAACAUACAUAUAUAUUUCUGUAUAUAUGUCCUCUAUAUGUCAUCUCAAAUAAAGGUGGGCAACUCCAGACUUUCAUAGUGUUAGAAGGACCCCAAUAGAUCAUUUAAACGAUCUAAGUUGUUACAUCGGGAGGCAGUCAAUUGACCGCCGGUCAGGAUCCCGGCUGUCAGGAUACCGACAUUAGGUGAAAAACCAGCGGUUGGAAUCCCGACCGCUGGGAUCUCAUAAUGAUCCCUCUCCAUCUACCAUAUAUAGAGCAGCUAACGUAUUACUUACACAAUACUGAUCUCUUGAAAGAAGCUAUUGAAAACCCACAAAGACUUUCUAUUAAUAGUUUUGCAACUGAAAAUUGCCAUCAUAGGUCUGACAGUGCUGGCCUUGGAACUCUUACCACUGCAAGUCUGGAACUGCAUCUGCCUUACUGCUUUAUUAUUUAGAAAAUGCUGAACAGCUUUCAGUUUAAUUCUGACAUUUCAUUCAAGUUUUCAAUUUAUGUUUUUUUUUCUGGAAUAUUCUACUGAACAGCACCAAUCUAAAAGCCUCUCCAGAAAAUUAAUAUUUUAAAUAAUGUUUUAGCUAUUCUAUGUAUCUUACAGGUGUGUCUUGUAUGUUUUAAUUUUUUGUGUUUUUGUAAUGUUUUAAAUGAAUAGAUAAAAAAAUAUUUUAUAUAGCCAUCCAAGCUAUCAAACAGCACCAUACAAUUAGACAUUAUCUUUGCCAAUCAGAAUAUGAUAUUUUUUUCCUGUUUAUCCAAUACUAGAUACUUUUUAGAUGUAUUUAUACACGAAUAGUGAUUGAUCAAACACAAGUAAAGCCUUAUUUGCACUUUUGUUGGUAACAUUUUUUUGCCUUCUGGAAAAUUGUACUUGUUUUUUCCGAGAUGGAUUCAGUUCAAGCUACAUUAGGUGUACAAUAUCUACAAAGUUACUCUUAACAAUGUACUCACUGUCUGAUACCCUAAUGUUGCAUGUGUUGGUGUGUUUUUUUGUUUUUAGAACUGAUUGAACUAUAUAUUGUAAUUGUGCUGCCUACAUGUCCAAUCCAAUUGAAGCAAUGAAAACAAUACAGAAAAUGAAGAAAAGAAGAUUUAUUUCCUAUUAAGUUUGUCCCUUUGGAGAACAUUCUUUUUAAAUGUAUUUAUAUUUUAGUGAAACUAAAUUUCUAAAAUGUUAUAAGUCUAGAGCCUAUGUUUUAGUAAUUGUUUAAAAGAGACAGUGUGUGUUUUGGAGAAUUUCUAAGUAAAAAUUACUUUAAAUUACUUUUUAGUUUUUAUUUCAAUAGGUUUGUUUUAAAAUGGAAAGUCAAUUUAGAGAUGAGCGAAAUUGUCAAAACUGUUCACCACAUUCUGCAGAAUUAUAUUUAGACUAUUCCUUUAUUCUUAUGCCUAGGAUUCCCCAUUUUUGUUUCACUUGGUCGUCUUUCUUAUUACACCUUAACCACAUCACAGACUAUAAUUAAUUGACACUUGUCACUGCACCUCUCUUUAAAGGUAAUUUAUAUGAAACAUAGAAUUCGGUAUGGAAUGGUCAUUUGCAAAUAAGAAGAAAAACGAAUUAUAUUAUUGCAUCUCAACAAAGUGACCGGUUCCAGUGCAAAAUUUUGUUUGCUUUGCUCAUCUCUACUAAUGUUUAAUAUUCGUUUAUAAUGUACAUUAAAAACAAAGCCACAGACUGUACUAAAAUGCUAUUCCCAACAUGCACUAGUAAGAAAAAUGUGAUAAUGAACAUUACAUCUCCAUUUAGCUUCAAAAAUUAGUAAUAUAAGCCUGUUUCUGUUUCAGAAUCUUGGAAUGUAACUCACAAUUAAUUCAAAAGAAUAAAUAUAUUUAUAUUGGUUAUAUCUGUAAUCAGAUAAUGAGGAAAUAAAUGUGUUAAAUGAACAUACCAUUUAGGGUCGAAUAUCUUCAGCAAAAAAACAGUAGUAGGUCUUUGAUCAUGGCUAGAUGCAUAGUGAUUUGAAACAGUUGGUUCCAUGUAGCAACUAAAUGUUCCAGAUUUUGUUUGUCAUUAAAUUUGGCAGUCUCACACUGAGAUCUACUAUGUUCCUAGCGAAUAAAAGACAGCUCCUACUGGAUGUUAGAACAAUUACGCUACAUUAAAAAAUCAAGGGAACUAAGUUUUUCUUUUUUUGUUAAACAUUUUAUUUAUGGCCCACAGAUAUGUACUCUCUUCACAAUAUUCUCUACUUCUGAACUGUGCUGUUAUCUAUUACAUUUUCUAACAGAUAUAUGUGUAAGGUGUAUGUAUGCUUGUGCAGUUAUGGAUAAAAACAGUUUUGGAAAACAGUGUAUUUAUGAGAAAAAAAAUCACCUAUGGGGCAUGUACAAAACUGUAAAAAAACACACAUUAAAUUGCCCGGUAAAGUUGUUUUUGUGACAUUUCUGUGUUGUUAAAUAAAGGACUUUAGUAUUCAAAA